GCCCAGUCUGCCCUGAUCCCUGCGAGCUUCCCCGUCCCAACAAACCCUCUUCUUCCGCCCCCUCAAAGCUCCAGAGCUUCCUUCUCUUUCCCUCACCCACUCUCUAACAUCAUAUCCUUCUGCUUGAACUGCAGCUUUUGCAACUUCCUAAAUUCGGCAGUUGGGUAAGUCUUUCGGACCGUUUCGCCCCUAGUUUCCCUAGUGGAAUCCUCCCCUCGACAGGUUCGAUUUGAUCCUAUCUCGGAUCCUACCUUUCUUCGAGACUUUCUCCCCCUUAAUCUCCCCUUGUCUAUCCCUCCUUUGAGAGCAAUCCGUCGCCAUGUCAAAGCGCGACCUCCACAUCCAGCCGCGCAUGGCCAAGAAGGGCCCCUUCUCGGUCGAGGCGGCCGGCUAUGAAAAGAAGGAAGGCGAGACGAUUCCUCGUCGCCACCCAAAUGCGAAGAACGGUCUCAUCCUGCGCCCGUCUGAGGACGUCGCGACCACGUAUGACAACUUCCGGCGCUCCGCCCGUUUGUUCGGCAACAACAAAGCCGUGGCCAGCCGGAAGCUGAUCAAGACGCAUGUGGAGAACAAGAAGAUCAAGAAGAUGGUAGAUGGCGUAGAGCAGGAGGUUGACAAGCAAUGGACCUUUUUCGAGAUGAGCGGGUACACCUACAAGACCUUCCUCGAGUACGAGCAGCUCUGUCUCCAGCUCGGUGCGGGCCUGCGCAAGCUGGGCAUGGAGCAGGGUGGCCGUCUUCAUCUGUACGGAGCCACGAGCGCACACUGGCUGGCCAUGUCGCACGGUGCCGCCUCACAAUCCAUCACUAUUGUCACUGCUUAUGAUACCCUGGGCGAGGAGGGCCUCAAGCACUCUCUGGUCCAAACCUCCUCCACAGCCAUCUUCCUCGAUCCCGGCCUGAUCAAGUCUCUGACUCACGUCCUGAAAGAUAUUCCCUCGAUCAAGCACGUUAUUUACAACACCGACAACGAGGUCAAGCAGGAGGAAUUGGAUAAGCUGAAGAAUGAGUUUGCCCACAUCAAUGUGCUCAGCUUGGAGGACUUGCGCAAAUCUGGCGAGGAGAACCCCGUGGACCCGGUGCCGCCCAAGGCUGAGGACUUGUGCUGCAUCAUGUACACGUCUGGCUCGACCGGCCCGCCCAAGGGUGUUCCUUUGACCCACGCGAAUGUCAUUGCUGCCACCGCUGGUGUCAACGAAAUCGUGGGACCCUACAUUGGCCCCAACGACUCGCUGCUCACUUACCUCCCGCAAGCACACAUUUUGGAGUUCAUGUUUGAGAACCUGUGUCUGUUCUGGGGUGGCUGCAUGGGAUACGGUAACCCCCGCACAUUGUCCGAUGCCUCAAUGCGCAACUGCAAGGGUGAUAUUCGCGAGUUCAAGCCUACCAUUCUGGUUGGUGUUCCGGCCGUGUGGGAGUCGGUCAAGAAGGGUGUGUUGAACAACCUGAACAAAAACAGUUUCCUCAUCAAGGGCAUGUUCUGGGGUGCCAUGGCCGCCAAGAACUUCCUGCUGACCAACGGCUUCCCCGGAGCUGGCUUCGGUGCUUCGAUUCUGGAUUCCGUGGUCUUCAAGAAGCUCAAGGAGGCUACCGGUGGCCAUCUCCGUAUCAUGAUGAACGGUGGUGGUCCCAUCUCCAAGGACACCCAGCGAUUCCUUUCCAUGGCCAUUGCUCCCAUGAUCGGUGGUUACGGUCUGACUGAGACCUCGGCCAUGGGUGCUCUGAACGACCCCAUGGCAUGGAACCCCAGCGCUCUUGGUGAGAUCCCCGCCUCGAUCGAGAUCAAGCUGGUCGACUUCCCCGACGCCGGCUACCUGACCAAGAACAACCCCCCUCAGGGUGAGAUCUUCAUCCGCGGUGGCAGUGUGACGUCGGGAUACUUCGACAACGAUGAGGAGACCAAGAACGCGCUGACCGAGGACGGUUGGUUCAUGACUGGCGACAUUGGCGAGUUCGACUCCAACGGCCACCUGCGCAUCAUUGACCGGAAGAAGAACCUGGUCAAGACCUUGAACGGCGAGUACAUUGCUCUGGAGAAGCUCGAGUCCGUGUACCGCUCCACUCCUGUUGUUGGUAAUAUCUGCGUCUAUGCUGCGGAGGACCAAGACAAGCCGAUUGCUAUCAUUGUUCCCGUCGAGAUUGCCCUCAAGAAGAUUGCCAGUGAGAACGGCAUUGAGGGUGACUCGGUUGAAGCUCUCGUGCACAACGAGAAGAUUCAGCGCCUAGUUCUGCAGCAAUUGCAGAGCUCUGGGCGUGCCGGUGGUCUGCGGGGGAUUGAAAUCGUCAACGGUGUUGUACUCUCCGACGAGGAGUGGACUCCUCAAAACGGCUACAUGACUGCUGCUCAGAAGUUGCAGCGCAAGAAGAUCGUGAACAAGUACAAGGCCGAGAUUGACAAGGCCUACGGCAAGAAAUAAAUAAAAAGGUGGGAUUGACUUGGCAUGAAGUCCCCUAUGUGAUUUUAUUCUCCUUGGUUUUAAUUCUGCGUCUUUCUUCCUCCUUGUUACCCUCUACCGCGUGUGUUUUUUGCGUCCUUGUUGCGAUCUCUCUGGGCCUUGUCUUGUUAAUAUAUGACUUUCCUGUUACCUUCUCCCCUCGCCCACGAUUAGACGAGAUAGUGAUAAUGCGGACAUGACAUUGCGACGGGCUUGCUACUUUUUCCGGUUGGAUCGAAAUAUAUUACAGUUUCUUCACUCCA